AUGUAUAAAACAACAACAACAACAUCAGGCACAAUUCCAAAGAGUGGAACUGCUUUGAAUAAAGAGAAUAUCUACACUGGAGCUAGUAGUGGAAUCGGUGGUAUCUCAAAGAUUGCAUACCCAUCGAAACCAGGUGCUUCAAAGCCAUCUGCAACCAGCAUCAGUGUUACAACAUCCAAAGUAUUGGCUCCAAGUUCGAUCACCAACAUACCACAGAAAGCACCUGCCCCAGUUAAGCAGACCACUGUCAGUAGUACAGCUGCACCACAAUCGAUGGUUAUACCCAAACCACAAGUAGUACCUUCAUCAGCAGCAGCAGAUGAUAAAAAGAAAUGGGUGAUCGAUGACUUUGAUAUUGGAAAACCACUUGGAAAAGGUAGAUUCGGUAAUGUCUAUUUAGCAAGAGAGAAAAAGAGUAAAUUCAUUGUUGCACUCAAAGUGUUGUUCAAGAGUCAACUUCAAAGCUCAAAGAUUGAACAUCAAUUGAGAAGAGAAAUUGAGAUUCAAUCUCAUUUAAGACAUCCAAAUAUUUUAAGACUGUACGGUUAUUUCUAUGACGACAAACGUGUAUAUCUCAUCAUUGAAUUUGCAAAGGGUGGUGAAUGUUUCAAGGAAUUACAAAGAGUUGGAAGAUACCCAGAAAAUAUUGCUGCAACUUAUACCUUACAAAUUGCAGAUGCAUUGAGAUAUUGUCACUCGAAGCAUGUUAUUCAUCGUGAUAUCAAACCAGAGAAUCUCUUGAUCGGUAUCAACGGUGAGAUCAAGAUUGCAGACUUUGGAUGGUCUGUGCACGCACCGGACCGUAGAAGAAACACUUAUUGUGGUACCCCAGAAUAUAUCCCACCAGAAUUGGUAAACAAACAAGACUACGAUCAAUCCGUUGAUAUUUGGAGUUUGGGUAUUCUUAUUUAUGAGUUUUUGGCCGGAUAUUCACCAUUUAGAGCCAACGGAGAGGAAGAGAUCUUUUCAAAUAUUCGUGGUAAUCAAGUUAUUUUCCCAGAUCAUUUCUCAAGAGAAGCAAGACAUUUAAUUAGUGGUUUAUUACAUACCGAUCCAAACGAUAGAAUGUCAUUGACAGAUGUAAUUAAACAUCCAUGGAUUGUAAAGAAUGCUCAUCCAAAUGCACUAAAACCUGGAUCUGAUUUAAGACAACCAUCCACCCCAGCACCAGCACAACAAGAUGUGCACGAUAUAAUAGAUAAAAUCAAUCAACAACAACAACAAGCAACAGCAUACAUAUCAGUACAACCAAGUAGUAGUACAACAUAA